GUUCAGAAGCAACCCAUAAAUAGCACGGACUCCUAAAGCCGGCUAUCAGAGCGCAACCACUCCAGACGAGGCACAAUGACUGAGCAGCAAAGUCCCCCCGAGCAGAUGGCGACCGGGGAGGGUGCUGGCGAGCGAGGUGGCAAUUACAAGAUUGCCAUCUUCGAGCAGGAGAAUUUCCAAGGCCGUUGCCAUGAACUUAACGGUGCCUGCCCCAACCUGAAGGAAGCCGGAGUGGAGAAAGUGGGCUCCAUCCUCGUGCACUCGGGACCCUGGGUGGGCUAUGAGCAGGCAAGCUGCAAAGGAGAGCAGUUUGUGUUUGAGAAGGGGGAGUACCCCCGCUGGGAUUCCUGGACCAACAGCCGGAGAAGCGACAGCAUCACUUCCCUGAGACCCAUCAAAGUGGACAGCCAGGAGCACAAGAUUGUUCUAUAUGAAAACCCUGGUUUCACUGGCAAGAAAAUUGAAAUAAUAGAUGAUGAUGUGCCCAGCUUUCACGCUCAUGGCUACCAGGAGAAAGUAUCAUCCGCGCGGGUGCAGAGUGGAACGUGGGUGGGCUACCAGUACCCAGGCUACAGAGGUUACCAGUACCUGUUUGAGAAGGGGGAUUACAAAGACAGCUCAGAGUUUGGUGCCCAGCACCCCCAGGUCCAGUCGGUCAGGCGCAUCCGGGACAUGCAGUGGCAUCAGCGCGGUGCCUACCACCCCAUCAACUAG